CCGCUCAGGAGGGGGCACUUCCGGGUUCGUUGGCGAUCGCCGCGGGGGCUGAGUGAGCAGGUGCUGGGCCGGUGGGCGGGCUGGGCUGCGGCCCGCGCUGGGCCCGCGAUGCUGGGGGGCGGCCCCGCGGCACCGGAGCGCGAGGCUGAGGACGACGGGGCGGGGGCUGUUCCUGCUCCGCCUGCCAUCGACUUCCCGAAGGAGGGCUCGGACCCCAAGUAUGACGAAUCGGAUGUCCCAGCAGAGCUCCAGGUGUUGAAAGGGCCGCAGCAGCAGCCGACCUUCCCUUUUGCAGUUGCCAACCAACUAUUGCUUGUCUCUCUGCUGGAACACUUGAGCCAUGUGCAUGAACCAAACCCAUUUCGUUCAAGACAGGUGUUUAAAUUACUUUGUCAGACCUUUAUCAAAAUGGGGCUGCUGUCUUCUUUCACCUGCAGUGAUGAGUUUAGCUCAUUGAGACUACAUCACAACAGAGCCAUCACUCAUUUAAUGAGGUCAGCUAGAGAGAGCGUUCGUCAGGAUCCUUGUGAGGAUAGUUCUCAUAUUCCGAAGAUCAGAUCAAGGGAAGUAGCCUUUGAAGCACAGACUUCACGUUACUUAAAUGAGUUUGAAGAGGUUUCCAUCUUAGGAAAAGGUGGAUAUGGAAGAGUAUACAAGGUCAGGAAUAAAUUAGAUGGUCAGUAUUAUGCGAUUAAGAAAAUCCUGAUUAAGGGUGCAACUAAGACAGAUUGCAUGAAGGUUCUACGGGAAGUGAAGGUGCUGGCGGGCCUCCAGCACCCUAACAUUGUGGGCUAUCACACUGCUUGGAUUGAGCAUGUCCAUGUGGCCCAAACGCAAGCAGAUAGAAUUUCUGUUCAGUUGCCAUCUCUGAAAGUGAUCUCCGCCCAGGAGGGCGACAGAGAUCAGUAUGAUAUUAAAAAUGAUGAAAGUAACAGCUCAUCCAUUAUCUUCGCCGAGUUGACCUCAGAAAAAGAAAAACUCUUAGGAGAGUCUGGCAUUGAAAAUCAGAAUAAUAAAUUGGUGAACUAUUCCCCCAAUCUAGUCACAAGAGAUGCCAGUGGAUUUGAAUUAUCCACUGAGCUCCAAGAAAAUGGCCUGGCUGAGUGGUCUUCCAGAUCGAUGGCUGCGAAUCAGCUGCCACUUAGGCUUAAUUCAGACUUGGAGGGGAAUUUCACAUCCACUGAGGAAUCGUCUGAAGAAAACUUAAACAUGGUGGAACAGACAGAGAUGCAAUACCACCUGAUGCUGCACAUCCAGAUGCAGCUGUGUGAGCUCUCCCUGUGGGACUGGAUCGUGGAGAGGAACAGGCGGAGCCGGGAGUGUGUGGAUGAGUCUGCCUGUCCUUACGUUAUGGCCAGUGUGGCAACAAAAAUUUUUCAAGAAUUGGUGGAAGGUGUAUUUUACAUCCAUAGCAUGGGGGUUGUGCACAGAGACCUGAAGCCCAGAAAUAUUUUUCUUCAUGGCCCUGACCAGCAAGUGAAAAUAGGAGACUUCGGCCUGGCCUGCACAGACAUCAUUCAGAACCCAGACUGGACCGGCAGGGGUGGAAAGAGACCACCAACACAUACUUCCAGAGUGGGCACCUGCCUGUACGCAUCACCCGAACAGCUGGAAGGAUCUGAAUAUGAUGCCCAGUCGGACAUGUACAGCUUGGGCGUGAUCCUGUUGGAGCUCUUCCAGCCGUUUGGAACAGAAAUGGAGCGAGCACAGGUUCUAACGGGUCUGAGAACUGGUCAGAUGCCCGAGUCCCUCCGCCAGAGGUGUCCCGUCCAGGCCAGGUGCGUCCAGGAGCUAACCAGAAAGAACGCGUCCCAGAGGCCGUCGGCUAUGCAGCUGCUGCAGAGCGACCUUUUCCAGAAUCCCGGAAGCGUCAAUCUCACCCUGCAGAUGAAGAUAGUAGAGCAAGAAAAAGAAAUAGAAGAACUAAAGAAGCAGUUACGCCUCCUUUCUCAAAACAAAGGGGUGAAGGAUGACAUGAAAGAUGGGGGUGUUCCUGUCUAGCUUAGUCUCUGGAAAUAUAAAAAUGAACUUCAACUCUAUAAGCUAAACCCAACUGGAAUAUAUAGUUUCAGUCUUAGGGUAUAGAUGGUGAAAUACUUGGUUUUAGUCAGGAAGCUUGUACAUGAUUUAUUCAAGUGAGAUUGCGGAAGUACCACCACCUACUUCCUUAAGUAGCCCUUUCCUGACCCAGCAUCGGAAUUCGACUGCUCUAAACACCUAUUGUACUCUUUCCUGUCUUUGUCCCACAAGCUCCUAUUCCUGAUUUCUUGGUAUUAGUGUCUGUCUGGUCUCUCAGACUAAAAGUUUAGGUAUCAACAUCAGUUCUUUUUCUUUUGAACUCUGUCCCCCUCUAGAAGCUUCUGCAGAAAUCUGAGUGUGCUCCACACCCAGUCACCACCCAGAUCCAGCCUGCGCACGAGCUGGGCUUUUUUUAAGCCUUUCACACGCUGCCAGUCAACUGCCAGGACAUCUCAGUUCACGCCAGGCUCAAAAGCCUUCGCUGCCUCCAAGAGAACACUUCAGCUUGGCAGUGUAUGUCGCCCAGUCUAUUUCUGUCCUCAUCACCUUCAACUUGGCAUCAUUAUGCCCUUUCAGAGCUCUGUACUUCGUGCCCCGAAAUGAUUUCAAAGCAGCUCGGAGGCCAGUGUUCCUGACUUUGCCCCUGCAUUGUUCUUCACAGCACCGGACUCCUGUGCUCCUCCAAGUCAGCAAUAUGACAUGCUCAUCUUUGCACUCAAAGGCGCCUGCCGUGGUGUACUGCAUGUGAUACCGCUGAAUUUUAAAUAAAACAGACCCACAAGUUACACGGUGCUUUUAUUGGUACACCACAACUGGCCUAAAGACCGGUUUUAGUACAAGUCCCUUUACCAACAGGCAUGAACCACCACCAUUCUUACAAUCUAAACCCUUUACAAUCACUUCCUGAGGUUCACUUAAGGAGCUUGAGGGCAGAGCUGAAAGGGGCCAGGUUCUCACAGGCCCGCAUCCACUUCUGCACGUUGGCUGGCACGGGCACGCUGCAGCCCCCCGCCUGCUGGAGCACGGACCAGAGCACCACGUCUGCCACGGUGAGUGCGUUCCCCACGAGCCAGGGGCUCUUCCCGAGAGCAGAGUUCAUGGAGCCGAGCACGGCAGCUUUUUCUUUGCUGCUUCCUUCUUUUAACUGAAAAAUGGCUAUAUCUACCCAGCUAUCGAUGAGGGUUAAGUUUACCGCGUUAUGCUUCUGGCCGAACAGAGAGAACAAAAAACGUGCGAUGUUCCCUUCUCCUUCGAUGGGGCACAUGCUCUGGACACUGAACUUCAUCUGGGUCCUGGGCACUGAAAGGAAAACACCCUGAAUGUCAACAGGAGCAGCGCCCGGAGAAGCACUUGUCCACGCGGGGAGGGGACCCACUCACCGUGAACUGGAGGCAAGGGAAGGUGUACUUUCAGAGAAAAAAAUCACAUGUCUUAGGUGAAACAUUAAAGUUUAAGCUAUGUUUAAA